AUCACUGACAGCAGCUGCGGGGAGAAGACGCUGCUGGAGGAGCUGCAGCCUCUGGCUCACUGCACCGAGGAUCUGCCAGGGGCCACCAUGGGCUCUGUGCACUCCCGAGGUCACAAGGCGGAAGCCCAGGUGGUGAUGAUGGGCCUGGACUCAGCAGGCAAGACGACGCUCCUGUACAAACUGAAGGGCUACCAGUUGGUGGAGACCCUGCCCACCAUUGGCUUCAAUGUGGAGCCUCUGGAAGCCCCGGGGCACGUGUCUCUGACUCUCUGGGAUAUCGGGGGGCAGGCCCAGCUCAGGGCCAGCUGGAAAAACUACCUGGAAGGCACGGACGUCCUCGUGUAUGUGCUGGAUAGCACAGACGAAGCCCGCUUGCCCGAGGCAGGGGCUGAGCUCACGGGAGUCUUGGACAGCCCCAGCAUGGCCAGCGUCCCUUUCUUGGUGCUGGCCAACAAGCAGGAGGCGCCCGGUGCCCUGCCUCUGCUUGAGAUCAGAGACAAGCUGGGCCUGGAGAGGUUCCAGGGCCGCCGCUGGGAGCUCCGGGCCUGCAGUGCCCUCAGCGGAGAGGGGCUGCCGCAGGCCCUGCAGAGCCUGGGGAGCCUCCUGAAAUCCCGCAGCCGCUGUGUCUCCUGGUGAGCACCAAGGGGCGGUGAGUGCAGAGAGCAAGAAGUCUUGACUCAGAGCAGCUUAUCUUUGCUCAUGGGAACUGGGAGAACCAGCUUAUCCCUGAGAAUUAUAAGCUCAGUUUAUCAACUAAGGAAUCCUUCUAUGCUUGGACAGGAUUUUUUUCCCCCUUGGGACUUGGUGUCACUGUUGAGAAUCAACUGUUUUUAAAUAAUGAUACUCUAAAGAAAAAAAAUAAUACUUUAAUAUACUUCAUUUAAUAACUCAUUGCCACCCUGGACAGUGUGGCUCGGGUGGCUGAACAUCGUCCCAUGCACCAAAAGGUUGCCAGUUCGACUCCUGGUCAGGGCACAUGCCAGGUUGCGGGUUCAGAACCCAGCCAGAGUCUGUGUUGGAGGCAAGUGAUGGAUCUCUCUCUCUCUCUCUCUCCCUCUCCCUU